CUUGGAUUUCAUUUAUUUUCCUGUUUUAUUCCAAUUCAAAUGCUCAAAUUGAAUGUUUCCUAUCCUAAUAACACAAUCUGAGCUUAGGAGAAUGAUGGGCGACCGAAAAGAUUUUCCAAUCAUCUUCACCUUUGCGGUGGCGACUCUGCUGAGCUGCUGCCAGGCCUCUAGUUCCUUUCUACCCCGCGUCACUCGGACAAGUGAUGCCGUCAUCAUCGACUUUCCUGACGCCCAAAUGGCUUAUUAUCCUGGACCCGUUCCGAUGCCCACAUUCAAUCCUUAUGCAACGAUGCACCGGCAACUACCCAUGUUUUACAACGGAUGGCCCACUUUUAACGGACUUCCUGAUCCCAAUAUGAAGCAGGGAGUACCACCAACUACCACAACAACAACAACAAUGCCAGCACCAGCGACAGCACCAGGGAUCCAGUGCGGCCGUGGACCGACCAGAUUCCCCGUACAUCACCACCACCGGUCGUUGAUUAGCGAAAGAAAGCGUCACGAAACCAACGAAGCCAAAAAGAAUUCCUGGCCGUUCAUGGUACACCUGUCACCUAUUAUGUUGAUUGGCGAACCAUGUAGCGGAGUUUUAAUUAGUGACACCAAAGUUUUGCUGGCGGCCCAGUGCCUGGAACGCAUGCCUUCGAUAUUCCCGAUGAUCUUGACUGUUUUGACUGGGGUGCAUUCGAUUUAUCCAUCGGACGCCCAAAUGACGAGAAGAGUCGCUCGAGCUGUUCUCCACGGCAAAUACAAUGCUGGCAACUACGCCAAUGAUAUCGCUAUCGUAACACUGGACGCGCCCGUGAUAUUUUCCAAGACUGUUGGACCGGUUUGUUUGCCACCGGCCAGUACCGACCCCGACCAAUACUCCGACCUGGAUGCUGUUGCUUUGGGAUGGGGGACAGCUGAACUAGGUUACCCAAGCGCCACCCUUCAACAAGCCACGGUUGGCAUGCUGCCCAAAUAUUUGUGCAGAGAGGAGGAUUACUUUGGAAAAUAUAUUUCAGAGCUGAAUAUCUGCGUUAAUAAAUCCAAUGAUGAAGAAAACCCUCAAUGUGUAUGUGACCUCGGCGGCCCAGUAGUCGUCCAAACGUCGCCAGGGAUUUGGACCGUAAUUGGAAUCAACAGCUUCGCCAAGGAUUGCGGCGUUGGUGGCCUCAAAACCAGAGUGUCGGCGUUCAGGACAUGGAUUGACCAAAACAUUUGAAUUAAAAAAUGAACCACAAGGAUAUGACAACGAUACGAUUACGAAAUUCUAACUCUAACUUGUGUUUUUAUGUAUUUUUAUUCAGUUUCGGCUGACCAAUAUUAAUUUACUUCAUGCCAUGUUA